AUGAAUCAACCUAAUACUUCAACAUCAGCUACAAUAACAGAUGAUGAUUUAACGAAUUCAUUUUACCAAAUUAUGCAAAUAUUAGCAGCUGAAAGAAACCAAAAUGCCACUUUGAAUGUUCCAACUUAUUCUAAUAUAGAAGCACCACCUUCAAUAUUUCCACAAAAGAAGUACUGUGAUUUAACAGGAUUAGAAGUAAAUAUAGUGUUCCUAUAA